AUGUCGCGCCCACUGGUACCCUCGAAUCCACUCCUGCGCUCUCUCCUGCAGCAAGCUCGGCCACGCCAACAGCCGCAGCCGCAGCCGCAGCCGCAGCCGCAGCAGCAGCAAUGCCGUCGUCGCCUCCUCUCCUCCACCACGCGCGCACAAGCUCCCACGACAGCAACAGCGACCCUCCUCUUCUCCCCAGCGACCAGAAGCCCCCGCCAGACACCGAAGACCUCUGGUGCCGAGCAGCGCCGCUACAAGUCCAAGACGGUCGAGGAGCAGCGCAGCCGGUACCGCACGGGGCCGUUCAGUUGGAAGGCGGGCUUGCUGUUCGUGGCGGCGGGCUGCGGACUCGCGUGGUACUUUGAACAUGAGAAGCAGCGCAUGCAGCGAAGAAGAGUAGCUGAGGCUACGAAGGGCGUGGGCAGGCCGAAGGUCGGGGGUGAGUUUGAGCUGGUGGAUCAGGAUGGGAAGGUGUUUUCUAGUGCCGAUCUUAGGGGGCGGUAUAGUUUGGUCUACUUCGGCUUCACGCACUGCCCGGACAUCUGCCCGGAGGAGCUCGACAAGAUGGCGCGGAUGUUCGACCUGGUCGAGGCGGAGAAGCCGGGCGCGGUGACGCCCGUGUUCAUCACGUGCGACCCGGCGCGCGACGACCCCAAGAUCCUCAAGACGUACCUGGCCGAGUUCCACCCGGCGUUCAUUGGGCUUACUGGCACCUACGAGCAGGUGCGCGACGUCUGCAAGGCGUACCGCGUCUACUUUAGCACGCCGAAGGACGUCAAGCCCGGCCAGGACUAUCUGGUUGAUCAUAGUAUUUACUUUUAUCUGAUGGACCCUGAGGGCGACUUUGUGGAGGCGCUAGGGAGGCAGCAUAGCCCGGAUCAGGCGGCUAAGGUUAUCUUGGACCAUGUGAAGGACUGGAAGAAAUAG